AUGUCAUUUAGAACACUGAAAUCUAUAUUAUCUAUCGCAAACAGAACGCUUCAUACUACUGGUCCAAGAAUAUCACCAUUAGUUCCGAUAGUUAUCGAGAAAACUGGACGUGGUGAACAGGCAUAUGAUAUAUAUUCACGUUUGCUUAAAGAUAGAAUAGUAUGCGUUAUGGGACCGGUCACUGACGAUCUUGCUAGCCUGGUUGUCGCUCAGCUAUUGUUUUUACAAGCUGAAAGUAGCAAGCUACCUAUACAUAUGUAUAUCAAUAGUCCAGGUGGAUCAGUUACUUCCGGAUUAGGAAUAUAUGAUACUAUGCAGUAUGUCGAGCCACCAAUCUAUACUUGGUGCGUUGGCCAAGCAGCUAGUAUGGGUUCAUUAUUACUUGCUGCUGGAGAUAACGGAAAGAGACAUUCACUACCAAAUUCAAGAAUCAUGAUUCACCAACCAUCAGGACAAGCCUUUGGGCAAGCUACGGAUAUAGCUAUUCAAGCUGAAGAAAUAAUUAAAUUAAAGAAACUUAUUAACGAUCUUUACAAAAAACAUACUGGACAAUCUAUAGAAAAUAUCGAGGAAGCAAUGGAACGAGAUAAAUACAUGUUCCCAAAUGAAGCUGCUGCCUUUGGUCUAAUCGAUAAGGUCCUAUCUCGACCUCAGGCAAUCAAAGAAAUGACAGAAAGUUAA